AUGGACCCUGACGAGUUGGCUCUGGAGGUCAUUCGAGCGUCGAGAGAAGUCCAACGUAGUCCGCCUCUUCGCUUGGUGGGGUUACGGUGGACUCAUGGUGUUGAGGAGGCAGGGAAAGGACGAGCAGAGAAGUGGAGCAUAGAGGCUCUGGCCGGCCUUGCUCAAUGUAUGGGAGCCGAUAUCAUGGUGAAGAUAUUCAGGCACAUACUCUCCGAUAUGGGGUAUUGGGGAGGAGGCAUGCCAGAUCUAACACUCCGGCAAGGGCAGCGUGUACGCUUUGUGGAGGUGAAGGGGCCAGGGGACGAUCUAUCCGCAAGACAGCGUGGAUGGAUAGCUGAGCUCAUGCGGUGUGGCGCCGAUGCAGAGGCAGCGUAUAUUGUGGAGCCUGGCAAGAAGCGGCCUGUGAAAAGGAAAAAGAGGAGGAAAUGA